AUGCAUUACUCGACUCUCUUCCCGCUGGCUGCUCUCGCUGGCCUGAGCAGUGCUACCUACAGCUUGGUGGACGACUACGGAUCCGGCACCAGCUUCUUCGACGGAUUCACUUUCUACACUGGCACUGAUCCCACCGCUGGCUAUGUCACGUACGUCGACCAGUCUACUGCCACAAGUGCCGGUUUGAUCAAAGCCGAGGGAAAUGCCACCUACAUUGGUGUUGAUCACACCAACGUGGCCAGCGGUUCUGGCCGUCAAAGUGUCCGUCUAGAAAGUAACACCGCCUAUACCACCGGCUUGUUCAUCCUUGACCUCGCCCACAUGCCCGCUUCCGCCUGCGGUUCCUGGCCUGCCUUCUGGACCUAUGGACCCGACUGGCCCAACGAUGGCGAAAUCGACAUCAUCGAGGGCGCCAACCUGCAGUCCACCAACCAAAUGACCCUGCAUACCAGCGACGACUGCACCAUCAACGACACUGGCUUCGCUGGUACGCUCGAGAACAACAACUGCUACGCCGAGAUUGACGGCAACGAGGGCUGCGACAUUGUCGCCAAAAACGAAGAGAGCUGGGGCGCCACCUUCAACAGCUACGGUGGCGGUGUCUACGCCAUGGAAUGGACCGAUGACUACAUCCAGAUCUUCUGGUGGAUUGCCGACGAUGUUCCCUCUGACAUUACCAGCGGCUCUCCGGACCCAAGUGGCUGGGGAACUCCAGCUGCUUACUUUGCUGGUGACUGUGACAUUAGCUCGCAUUUCAAGGAAAACAACAUUGUCUUCGAUAUUACCUUCUGCGGUGACUGGGCCGGCUCUGUCUGGUCCUCCGGCUCUUGCGCCAGCUAUGCCAGCACCUGCGACACCUACGUGCAGGAAAACCCCAGUGCUUUCUCUGAUGUCUACUGGCUCAUCAACUCCCUCAAGGUUUACCAGUCAUGA